CGCGGCCCCCGCUUCAUGUCUGUGCAGGAGUCGGCAGCUGGCGCCAGGGCGGCCGGAGGAUGCCGAGGGGCCGGAGCCGGGAGGGCCCGAGGCCGAGGCGCAAGCUACCCCCUGCUCCUACCCUGUAAGCCCCGCCAGCCUCUGGACGUGCUGUCCCUGGGCCCGUCGCCCCCGGGGCUCCCGCCGGAGCUCCUUCACUCUGAGGCCGAGUCCCUACCCUCCCCACGGCUGCGUGUGGCCGUUGCCGCCUCCACCCAGACCCCAAGCCGCCGCCGCCGGCCAUGGAGGUGGCGCCGGAGCAGCCGCGCUGGAUGGCGCACCCGGCCGUGCUGAAUGCGCAGCACCCCGACUCGCACCACCCGGGCCUGGCGCACAACUACAUGGAACCCGCGCAGCUGCUGCCUCCAGACGAGGUGGACGUCUUCUUCAAUCACCUGGACUCGCAGGGCAACCCCUACUACGCCAACCCGGCUCACGCGCGGGCGCGCGUCUCCUACAGCCCCGCGCACGCCCGCCUGACUGGAGGCCAGAUGUGCCGCCCACACUUGUUGCACAGCCCGGGUUUGCCCUGGCUGGACGGGGGCAAAGCAGCCCUCUCUGCCGCUGCGGCCCACCACCACAACCCGUGGACCGUGAGCCCCUUCUCCAAGACGCCACUGCACCCCUCAGCUGCUGGAGGCCCUGGAGGCCCACUCUCUGUGUACCCAGGGGCUGGGGGUGGGAGCGGGGGAGGCAGCGGGAGCUCAGUGGCCUCCCUCACCCCCACAGCAGCCCACUCUGGCUCCCACCUUUUCGGCUUCCCACCCACGCCACCGAAAGAAGUGUCUCCUGACCCCAGUACCACGGGGGCUGCUUCUCCAGGCUCAUCUUCCGCGGGGGGUAGCGCAGCCCGAGGAGAGGACAAGGACGGCGUCAAGUACCAGGUGUCACUGACGGAGAGCAUGAAGAUGGAAAGUGGCAGUCCCCUGCGCCCAGGCCUAGCCACUAUGGGCACCCAGCCUGCUACACACCACCCCAUCCCCACCUACCCCUCUUAUGUGCCGGCGGCGGCCCACGACUACAGCAGCGGACUCUUCCACCCCGGGGGCUUCCUGGGGGGACCGGCCUCCAGCUUCACCCCUAAGCAGCGCAGCAAGGCGCGUUCCUGUUCAGAAGGCCGGGAGUGCGUCAACUGCGGGGCCACAGCCACCCCUCUCUGGCGGCGGGACGGCACCGGCCACUACCUGUGCAAUGCCUGUGGCCUCUACCACAAAAUGAACGGGCAGAACCGGCCACUCAUCAAGCCCAAGCGAAGACUGUCGGCCGCCAGAAGAGCCGGCACCUGUUGUGCAAAUUGUCAGACGACAACCACCACCUUAUGGCGCCGAAACGCCAACGGGGACCCUGUCUGCAACGCCUGUGGCCUCUACUACAAGCUGCACAAUGUUAACAGGCCACUGACCAUGAAGAAGGAAGGGAUCCAGACUCGGAACCGGAAGAUGUCCAACAAGUCCAAGAAGAGCAAGAAAGGGGCGGAGUGCUUUGAGGAGCUGUCAAAGUGCAUGCAGGAGAAGUCAUCCCCCUUCAGUGCAGCUGCCCUGGCUGGACACAUGGCACCUGUGGGCCACCUCCCGCCCUUCAGCCACUCCGGACACAUCCUGCCCACUCCGACGCCCAUACACCCCUCCUCGAGCCUCUCCUUCGGCCACCCCCACCCAUCCAGCAUGGUGACCGCUAUGGGCUAGAGAACAGAUGGACGUCGAGGACUGGGCACUCCCAGGAUGAGUGGACCAAACCCUUAGCUGCCCAGCAUUUCCCGAAGACCGACACCACUCCUGCCAGCCUGGCUCGGUCCAGCACCCCUUCUCCUGGAGGGUGCCCAGCAGCCUGCCAGCAGUUACUGUGAAUGUUCCCCACCGCUGAGAGACUGCCUCUGCACCCGGCCGCUGCCCAGGUGGGGUUUCCUGCAUGGACAGUUGUUUGGAGAACAACAAGGACAACUUUAUGGAGAGAAAAGGAGGGGACGGGACAGACGAAGGCAACCAUUUUUAGAAGGAAAAAGGAUUAGGCAAAAAUAAUUUAUUUUGCUCUUGUUUCUAACAAGGACUUGGAGACUUGGUGGUCUGAGCUGUCCCAAGUCCUCCGGUUCUUCCUCGGGACUUGGCGGGUCCACUUGCCGGGGCUCUGGGGGGCAGAUUUGUGGGGACCUCAGCCUGUACCCCCUUCUCCUCUGGCUUCCCUCUCAGAAACAGCCGAACUCCAGGCUGGGCUGAGCCAAAGCCAGAAGGGCCACGGGCCCGGGAGGGUGAGCUGGUGCCUGCUUUGACGGGCCAGGCCCUGGAGGGCAGAGACAAUCACGGGCGGUCCUGCACAGAUUCCCAGGCCAGGGCUGGGUCACAGGAAGGAAACAACAUUUUCUUGAAAGGGGAAACGUCUCCCAGAUCGCUCCCUUGGCUUUGAGGCCGAAGCUGGUGUAACUGUGUCCCCUUAGCGCAAGCCACAGCCCGUCUUGUUUGUCAGGUGGACCCUGUAAAUACAUCCUUUUUCUGCUAACCCUUCAACCCCCUCCCCUCCUACUCUGAGACAAAAGAAAAAAUAUUAAAAAAAAAUGCAUAAGCUUAACUCGCUGAUGAGUUAAUUGUUUUAUUUUUAAACUCUUUUUGGGUCCAGUCGAUUGUACAUAGCCACAGAAGCCCUGCUAUGAAAGGAGUAAACCCUACACACAAGGUUGGAGAUUUGCAAUUGUUUUUGGAAAAGAGCUGGGAUUCCACAGCCCUAGUAUGAAAGCUGGGAAUGGGGAGGGGCCUUUACUGCCCUUGGUUUCCGGGGGCUGGUUGGCAUUUGCUGGCCUGGCAGGGGGUGAAGGCAGGAGUCGGGGGUAGGUCAGGACCAGGACCCAGGGAGAGGCUGUGUCCCUGCUGGGGUCCCAGGUCCAGCUUUGCUGUGGCUGUCUGGAUCCUUCCCAAGGUACAGCUGUAUAUAAAUGUGUCCCGAGCUUAGAUUCUGUAUGCGGUGAUGGCGGGGUGUGAUGGCCUGCGAGGGGCCCCUGGCCCAGGAGGAGGAUUGUGCUGAUGUAGUGACCAAGUGCAAUAUGGAUGGGCAGUCGCUGCGGGGAGCACCAAGGCCAGAAGUAACUUAUUCUGUACUAGUGUCCGCAUAAGAAAAAGAAUCGGCAGUAUUUUCUGUUUUUAUUUUUUAUUUGGCUUGUUUUAUUUUGGAUUAGUGAACUAAGUUAUUGUUAAUUAUGUACAACAUUUAUAUAUUGUCUGUAAAAAAUGUAUGCUAUCCUCUUAUUCCUUUAAAGCGAGUACUGUUAAGAAUAAUAAAAUACUUUUUGUGAAUGCCC